AUGACCGACCGACGGCGCGUUGAACGGGUCAAUGGAGUCCUGCGCGAGGAAAUUUCCGGCCUCAUCGCUUCACAACUCAACGACCCCCGUUUGCGCGGCAUCAUCAGCAUCACCCGGGUGAGUGCCACGUCCGAUUUGCGUAGUGCACGGGUCUACGUCAGCGUCAUGGGGAGCGAGGAAGUACGCCAGCAGGCCCUCUCUGGUAUCCAGUCAUCCGCCUCCUACCUGCGCCGGGAGUUACGCAGCCGCGUGUCCCUGCGUUACGUUCCCUUCCUCACCUUUGUGCUGGACGACGCCAUGCUGGAAGCAAAUCGCCUGAUGCGCAUCAUCGACGACCUCGGCGACGCCACCGCAUCCCCUGACCCGGCCGCAUCCCGACAGCUGAAGCAAACCUGA